UUGGAUUAAUACAAAAAAUAUAGUUUUGUUAUUCUUGUUCCAGAGUUUCAUUUUGAACUCUGUUCUUUUAAUCCAGCAUGUCACAAUUCCAGAACAUCACAACUUCUUCCAUUAUUUUCCUGCUAACUGGUGUUCCUGGGCUGGAAGACUUCCACACCUGGAUCUCCAUCCCCUUCUGCCUUCUCUACAUAACUGCUCUCUCAGGAAACAGCAUGAUUCUCUUUGCCAUUGUCACUCGGCCCAGCCUCCACAAACCCAUGUAUUAUUUUCUCUCCAUGCUGUCCACCACUGACCUUGGCCUGUCCAUAUCCACCCUGAUCACCAUGUUGGGUGUAUUCUGGUUCAAUGCCAGGGAGAUCAGCUUUAACGCCUGCUCAUCACAGAUGUUUUUCAUUCAACUCUUCACUGUCAUGGAAUCCUCAGUGCUGUUGGCCAUGGCCUUCGAUCGUUUUGUGGCCAUCUCUAAUCCUCUUCGGUAUGCCUCCAUUUUAACUGACCUUAAAAUAGCACAGAUUGGAGUAGCGAUCAUCACCAGGGGGACACUAAUACUGACUCCUAUGGUGGCACUUCUGAAACGACUGUCCUACUGCCGCAGCCACGUGCUCCACCACUCCUACUGCUUCCACCCUGAUGUGAUGAAGCUGUCGUGCACAGACACCAGGGUCAAUAGUGCAAUUGGGUUGACUGCCCUGAUCACAACUGCUGGGGUGGACUUGAUCUUCAUUGUCCUUUCUUAUCUUUUGAUCAUUAAGACUGUCCUCAGCAUUGCAUCCCCAGAAGAGAGGAAGAAAGCCUUCAGCACAUGUAUCUCCCAUAUUGGGGCUGUUGCUGUAUUCUAUAUUCCAUUGAUCAGUCUGUCCUUUGUUCACAGAUUUGGGAAACGAGCCCCAGCCUACAUACAUACUAUGAUUGCUAACACCUACCUCCUGAUCCCUCCUGUAAUGAAUCCUAUCAUCUACAGUGUGAAGACCAAACAGAUACGUAGAGCCGUAAUAAAAAUUCUCCAUUCCAAAAUCACAUAGAAUAAUAGAAUUCUAGAGAUAGUCUAUGUUAGGUCAUGUUAUCAAUUUAAAAACAAAACUGGUGAUCAUUGAAACUAGGUGUACAAAAAUUUUAAAUUAAAGCUGGAAUAUAUUUAGAAUAUCAGCUAGUUUGACACCUUUAUUUUGCAGAUACGAAGACAGACACAUAAGAAUGGGAAAGAUGAACAGCCAAAUACCCUAAGCCUAGAAUUUCUCCUGUCCAUUGGUGUUUGUUCUAAACAAUUGUUUAUCCUGCCAACAGCUUUUCUCUUAUUUGUCCGCUUUAUAGAAUUUAGAAUGAUACACUAUGAAAAUGUCACCUUUAUAAGAAAUAGGUUGUA